AUGCGCCGCCUGAUCAUCCAGCGGGCGACGCCCGCGGGCCCGCGGCGGGCCCAGCAGCUGUCGCGGCAGCUGCGGACGCUGCGCCCGCUCGCGGCGCUCCAGCGGCGCAAGCCGCGGCCGGUCGCGGCGGCGCUCCGCGCGCGCGGCGGCGUCGUCUUCAGCAGCUCGAGCAAGAACGGCAGCGACCCGUCGACCUACGCGCGCGUCGCCAUCGUCCUCGAGGACGGCUCCGUCUUCGAGGGCCGGUCCUUCGGCGCCGAGGUGCCCGCGGACGGCACGUUCGGCGAGGUCGUGUUCCAGACGGGCAUGGUCGGCUACGCCGAGGCGCUCACGGACCCGUCCUACCGCGGCCAGUGCCUGACGAUGACCUACCCCAUGGUCGGCAACUACGGCGUGCCCGACGAGACGCUCCGCGACGCGGCGCAGCCCCUGCUGCCGCGGAAGACCUUCGAGUCCGAGGCGAUCCACGCGACGGCCGUCGUCUGCCAGGACUACUCCGCGGACUACAGCCACUGGGACGCGACCCAGUCCCUCGGCGCCUGGCUCGCCAAGUCCGGCGUGCCCGGCGUCACGGGCGUCGACACGCGGCGCCUGACCAAGGUGCUCCGCGAGCGCGGGUCGAUGCUCGGCCGCAUCGAGCGCCUCGGCGACGGCGGCGUCGCCGCGCUGCGCGACGUCGACCCGGCGGCGCCCGAGUCCGUCGCGUUGCGCGCGCGCCACCUCGUCGACGAGGUGUCCCUGGCCGCGCCGAAGCUCUACGAGGCCCCGAACGAGCGCCUCAAGGUCGUCGCCGUCGACUGCGGCAUGAAGGCGAACAUGGUCCGCGAGCUGAACGCGCGCGGCGUCAGCGUGCUCGCCGUGCCCUGGGACCACGACUUCGACGGCGUCCUCGACGACUACGACGGCCUCUUCCUCUCCAACGGGCCCGGCGACCCGGAGCAGUGCGCGGCGACGAUCGCGGAGCUGCGGAAGACGCUGGCGCGCGAGGGCGACGCCGUGCGCCCCGUCUUCGGCAUCUGCCUCGGCAACCAGCUCACGGGCCUCGCCGCCGGCGCCAAGACGACGAAGCUCCGCUUCGGCAACCGGGGCCAGAACCAGCCCGUGCUCGACGCCUUGCACCCCGGCGCGUGCAUGGUCACGUCGCAGAACCACGGCUUCGCCGUCGACGACACGGACCUGCCCGAGGGCUGGCGCACGCUCUACACCAACGCCAACGACGGCAGCAACGAGGGCCUCGUCCACGCGUCCAAGCCCUACUUCACGGCCCAGUUCCACCCGGAGGCGAACGGCGGGCCGACGGACGCGUACUACCUCUUCGACGUCUUCGUCGACGCGUGCUCGCGCCACAAGGCGGGCCGCGUGCCCGGCGGCGCCGCGCCGGCGGAGGCUCUGGUCUGGCCGAAGAUGGCGUCGUCCGCGCCCCAGCCCGAGUUCCCGAAGAAGGUGCUGCUGCUCGGCUCGGGCGGCCUGUCCAUCGGCCAGGCGGGCGAGUUCGACUACAGCGGCGCCCAGGCCAUCAAGGCGCUCAAGGAGGAGGGCGUCGAGGUCGUGCUCAUGAACCCGAACAUCGCGUCCGUGCAGACGAACGUCGACCCGGCCAAGUCCGAGGCCGAGCGCCUCGCGGACCCGGGCGCCGCGGACCGCGUCUUCUUCCUGCCCGUGACGCCGCCCUACGUCGAGUCCGUCAUCGCCAAGGAGAAGCCCGACGCCGUGCUCAUCUCCAUGGGCGGCCAGACGGCGCUGAACUGCGGCAUCGAGCUCGACCACUCCGGCGUGCUCAGCAAGCACGGCGUCCGCGUGCUCGGCACGUCCAUCGACACGGUCAUCGCGACCGAGGACCGCGAGAUCUUCAAGAACAAGUGCCUGGAGAUCGACGAGCCCUGCGCGAACUCGCUCGCCGUCGACUCCGUCGCCGGCGCGCUCGCGGCCGGCGAGAAGGUCGGCUACCCGCUCAUGUGCCGCGCGGCGUUCGCGCUCGGCGGCCUCGGCAGCGGCAUCUGCGCGGACGCCGGCGAGCUCGAGGCGCUGGCGACCAAGGCUCUGGCCGUGUCGCCCCAGCUCCUCAUCGAGAAGUCCAUGCUCGGCUGGAAGGAGGUCGAGUACGAGGUCGUCCGCGACGUCGCGGACAACUGCAUCACGGUCUGCAACAUGGAGAACUUCGACCCCCUGGGCGUGCACACGGGCGACUCCAUCGUCGUGGCGCCGUCGCAGACCCUGAGCAACGAGGAGUACCACAUGCUGCGGUCCGCGGCGCUCCGCGUCGUCCGCCACCUCGGCAUCGUCGGCGAGUGCAACAUCCAGUACGCGCUCCACCCGACGUCCCUCGAGUACUGCAUCAUCGAGGUGAACCCGCGGCUCUCGCGGUCCUCGGCGCUGGCCUCCAAGGCCACGGGCUACCCGCUGGCCUUUGUGGCCGCGAAGCUCGCGAUGGGCGUCACGCUGCCGGAGCUGCGGAACUCGGUCACGGGCGGCGCGACGAUCAUGGGCUUCGAGCCCGCGCUGGACUACUGCGUCACCAAGUUCCCGCGCUGGGACCUGUCCAAGUUCGCCGGCGCCCAGCGCGUGCUCGGCUCCGCCAUGGCGUCCGUCGGCGAGGUCAUGGCCAUCGGCCGGACGUUCGAGGAGUCGUUCCAGAAGGCGCUGCGCAUGGUCGACCCGGCGAACCCGGGCUUCGAGCCCGUCGCGCCGCUGGACACGGCCGACGCCGAGCUCGAGCGGAAGCUGGUCGUGCCCACGGACCGCCGCGUCUGGUCCAUCGCCGAGGCCAUGUACCGCAACGCCGGCGGCUGGGACAAGGACCGGGUCCGCGAGCUCACGAAGAUCGACGACUGGUUCCUCUCGCGCCUCGAGAAGAUCGCCGCCGUCGGCCGCGACGGCGCCUUCUGGGCGGCGCUGAAGACGGACCUCGCCGCGGGCGCGGGCGCGGACGCGCUGCGGCGCGCGAAGCAGCUCGGCUUCACCGACGACCAGAUCGCGAAGCAGCUCGGCACGUCCGACGACGCCGUGCGCGCCGCGCGCAAGGCCCUGGGCGUCACGCCCGUCGUCAAGCAGAUCGACACGCUCGCCGCGGAGUACGCGGCGCAGACGAACUACCUCUACACGACGUACCACGGCGACGACGACGACGUCGCGUCCGGCGCGGACGGCCUCGGCGGCACCAUGGUCCUGGGCAGCGGGCCCUACCGCAUCGGGUCCAGCGUCGAGUUCGACUGGUGCGCCGUGUCGGCCAUGCGCGCGCUGCGCGAGUCGGGCCGGCGCGGCAUCAUGGUCAACUGCAACCCCGAGACCGUGUCGACGGACUACGACGAGUGCGACGCGCUCUACUUCGAGGAGCUCUCCAAGGAGCGCGUCAUGGACAUCUACGACAUGGAGAAGGUCGACAACGGCGUCGUCGUCUCCAUGGGCGGCCAGAUCCCCCAGAACCUCGCCGUGCCCGUGCACGAGGCCGGGGGAACGAUCCUCGGCACGCACCCCGACAUGAUCGACGCGGCCGAGGACCGCUCCAAGUUCUCGGCGCUCAUGGACGCGGCGGGCGUCGACCAGCCCAAGUGGGCCGAGCUCGAGAGCCACGCGUCCGCCGUGGCCUUCGCCGACGACGUCGGCUACCCCGUGCUCGUCCGGCCGUCGUUCGUGCUCAGCGGCGCGGCGAUGAAGGUCUGCCGCGACGAGGCGUCCCUGCGGGCCCACCUCGACGUCGCCAAGGAGGUGAGCCGCGACUUCCCCGUCGUCGUGUCCCAGUUCGUGCGCGGCGCGCGCGAGCUCGAGAUGGACGGCGUCGCCAAGGACGGCGUCGUCGUCUGCGCGCAGGCGCACGAGCACGUCGAGGACGCGGGCGUCCACAGCGGCGACGCGACGCUGCUCCUGCCGCCCCAGUCCCUGAGCGACUACACGCUGAACCGCGCGCGCGACGCCACGGCCGAGGUCGUCCGGCAGCUCAACAUCAGCGGGCCGUUCAACAUCCAGUUCCUCCUCGACGGCUCCUUCCCGUCCAUGAACGACGUGCGCAUCAUCGAGUGCAACCUGCGCGCGUCGCGGUCCGUGCCCUUCGUGUCCAAGGCCACGGGCGUCGACUUCGCGGACGUCGCGACGCGCGUGCUCGCGGGCCUGCCGCUGCCGGACCCGGCGAAGCUGCCCCAGCUCUACCCCACCGCGGGCGCGGCGCCGGAGAACUUCGUCGCCGUCAAGGCGCCCAUGUUCUCCUUCAGCCGCCUCCGCGGCGCGGACCCGGCGCUCGGCGUCGAGAUGUCGUCGACGGGCGAGGUCGCGUGCUUCGGCAAGGACAAGGAGGAGGCCUUCCUCAAGGCGCUGCUGGCGACGACGAUGAAGCUGCCCACGGCCGGCGACGGCGAGAAGGUGCUCGUGAGCUUCGCCAAGCCCCUGGCGCACCGCGCGCUCGCGCCCGCGUACCAGCUCUCGAGCCUCGGCUACGAGCUCGUGGGCACCGCCGCGACGGCCGCGUACCUCAGCGGCCGCGGCGUGCCCUGCGCCGAGGUCGCCUUCCCGACGGACGCCGGCGACGCGCCCGGCGGCCCCGACGACGCCGUCGCGCUCAUCCGCGACGGCAAGAUCAAGCUCGCGGUGAACCUCCACGCGCCGGAGUCGACGCGCCUCGCGGACAACUACCUCAUCCGCCGCGCGGCCGCGGACUUCAACAUCGCCCUCGUCACCAACGCCCAGGUCUUCGAGAUGAUCGCCGCGAGCCUCACGAAGCACGCCAAGGGCGAGAUCCUCGCCGCGAACCCGACGGACCUCUUCUCCUACUACGAGAACGAGGCCGCGACGGACGCGUGGACCCAGAAGGACGAGUUCCACUAG